CACAGAGAUGAUGUUACGCGUUAUUCGGUUCCCAGUGUUUGUCCAGUGAGUCAACGGAGUACUUUCACUGGGCAUCAGGAGGAUUGUGUUGGGAAUUUAAACCGUAACGCGUACUACAGCUUAACAGCAAUGGUGCCAACGAGCUUUUAAAGUUUUCAAAGGAUGCAUACAACACGAAGCCCUUCAUCCAUCCCGACAGGUGUCUCAGGAGAUGCCUUGGAUCUCAGCUUGUCAGGCUCCCAGCUUUCCAUGUCCAAGAGACCCAGCAGUGCAUCCCCUGGGAAAUACUUUUCUCGGUCUGUGUCGGUUUCUGUGGCAGGGGACAGCAGAGGGAAGCGCAACACCCUGAGCGAUGUCGGCUUUGGUAGCUCCCGCUCCAUCAAGAACCUCCGCCGGUCUAACAGCACCACCCAGGUUAAUCAGCAGGCCAACAUCAGUUUAAGUCAGGAGCAGAGUGAGGACUACCUGGCUCUGUUUGACAGCAGCUCAGAUGGACGCAAGAAACUGGCCAGCCUCAGCAAAGCCUCACCGGAUAGAACCACAUGGAAUAUCCUGGAUGAUCAGCCCAGAACAUUCCCCCUGCCCUCGAGCUCCCGCAGCACUGACGGUGUGGUCUCUCCCACCGGCCCGAAGAGAAGAGAGCCGGGCAUCACUCUGGCUGCCACCUUCACUGCCAACAACAGGAGCAACAAGGGAGCUGUGGGGAACUCUGUCACCACCAUCUUACACAACAACUACUCUGAGAUACCCCUCACACCGAAGAGCUCCAACCAGAGGCCGUCCUUUAACAAUAUCCUGAAGGCCACAGCAAACGAUGAGGUGUUACAAGACAACAGCUCCUUGACAAAGUCCCAGAAGAAUUUCUCUUCAACUGCCUCCACCUCAAACAACAACUCUCCAGCGUCGGCCCAGGGGGGCAGCCCCAUCACACCCCGACGGAGGGAGGCCACUGAAGAAGAGGCCGAGAGGUUUAUUCAGCAGGUGAAUCAGGCAGCAGUCACUAUACAGCGCUGGUACAGGAUCAAUGCCAAGAGACGACACACAAACCAGACGGCGCUCAAACGCAUCCUCGCCAGUAAGAGAAAGGAGUGGGAGGAGAGAACAGAGGAGGACAGUCGCCUGGAGCAGCAGCAGAAAAGGGACGAAGACAGAAAACGGAUCCGAGAGGAGAAAGCUCGUCUGGCCCGCCUGGCUGCCAUCCAGGAGCUGCAGCAGAAAAGAGCCCAGCGGGGUACAGAGGUGCAGCAUGCAUCUGAGGUGGAGCAGGAGAGCCGGAGGCAGGCGGCUGUGGGCGGACGGAAAAAGCCACCCAGGAUUUCUCUGACCAACAAAAGCCCAGCAUCACCGAGCAACAACAGCCCGAUGUCUCCCAUAGAUGUGAAAGCCAAGAACACAGACUCCAAUUUGAAUGUUGUGUCUGACUUGGAGCUAAGCUUCAGAGCCAUUUCCCCAGCUCUGUCCAAUCACAGAGACUGUCAAUGUUCCCAGGAUCAGGAGGACAGAGCACAGGUAGACCUGGAGCAGCAGCAACAGCAGAAUGACAGGAGAUUAAUCCGUAAAGAGAAAGCGCGUCUGGCCCGCCUAGCUGCCGCCCAAGCGAAUAUUUCAGAGGAGCUGCAGCUGAGGGUUGCAGAGGCUCAGCAUGCAGCUGAGGUGGAGCUGGAGAGCCUGAGGCCAACAGGUGUUGUCGGACACAAAAAAACACCCAGGAUUUCUCUGACGUACAAAAGCCCAGCCUCACCCAGCAACAACAGCCCAAUGUCACCAAUAGAUGUAAAAGCUAAAAACACAGACUCCAAUUUGAAUGUUGUAACUGAGUUCGGGGAGCUCUCCAGCUUCAGAGCUGUUUCCCCUUCUUUGUCCAACUGCAGAGGCUCCCAGUGUUCCCAGGAGAUCCUGCAGAGGUCGGUGAGUGUGGAGGACCAGCGGCAGGGUGCUCUGUCCAGCAGGGCUCCAUCCAAAACCACGCUCAACGAGCUGCUGGACACCCUGAAGCUGCUAGAGGAGGAGCCACAGAGGCUGUCGGAGCCAAAGUGCUACAGUAAAGAGAAAUACGCCUGGAUAGAUGAGGAUGGGGACUCCAACUCUCUGACCACUGAUAACCUGGAGCGGCACGGUCAGCUGAGCCUUCACCCUGCACUGCCUGAUGGGGGCGCCCUGCUCUCUGAGGCCAAGCUGCAGAGCAUCAUGAGCUUCCUGGAUGAGAUGGAGAAGUCUGAACAGGAACGACCUCGCUCCGUCACUUCAGGGUCGCACAGAGAGGCUGUGUUGUCCGAGGAGGAGAUGGUUGGAGUGGAGCAGGCGUCUGCCACAGCUGCUGAGGUCACUGGCUCCAUGAUGCGAAUCAAGCUUGAGCUGGAGGAGAAGAAGCGCACCGUCAACAUGCUGCAGACCGCUCUGGCCCAGCAGAGGGAGCUCACAGUGAGACACGUGAAGGAGACGGAGAAGGAGCUGAACAGAAGCUUCCAGCUCCAGAAGGAACAAUAUGAAGCCACCAUCCAGAGACACCUGACCUUCAUUGAUCAGCUGAUUAAUGACAAAAAGACAUUGAGCGAGCGCUGCGAAGGAGUGGUGGGAGAACUGAAACAGGUGGACCAAAAGUACACCAAGAAGAUAGCACAAAUGCAGGAGCAACAUGAGAUGGUGUGGCAAAUUCUGGGUCCCUUGUGCGAGGAAAUCAAGAAGCUAAAAGAGCUAAUGAGCGCCACAGAGAAGAUCCGCCGGGAGAAAUGGAUUGACGAGAAAACCAAGAAGAUCAAAGAGAUCACUGUUAAAGGUCUGGAGCCAGAGAUCCAGAAGCUGAUUUCCAAGCACAAACAGGAGCUGAAGAAGCUGCGGACGCUCCAUGAGGCGGAGCUGCUGCAUUCAGAUGAUCGUGCCGCCCAGCGCUACGUCCGGCAGUGUGAGGAUCUCCGCCAGCAGCUGGAGAGGGAGAAGGAGGAGCAGUGUCAGCGGGAGAGGGAACUAGCCAAACAGAGAUAUGACAAGCAGCUUCAGGAGGAGGAGCUGUCCCUGCAGCAGCAGAGGAGGCGGCUCUACAAAGAGGUGUCUGACGAGAAAGAGAGGCUAGCUCAGCUGGCUGCAAGGCAUCGCAGUGAGCUGGAGGAGCUGCGGAGACAGCUGGAAGAGAACAACUCUCUGGCUGGACGAGCCCUCAGAGAAGAGCUGGACAAGACCAGAGAGGAACAGGAGAGGAGACACCAGUUGGAAAUGAAGGCAUUACAUGAACGCAUGGACAUCGAAAAGCAGACCUGGGAAGAAAACUACAAGAAAAAAGAGGAAGCGUGGCUGCUGAGCCGUGAGCGUGAGCUCAAAGAUGGACUGCGGCGGGAGCGCGACAAAGAGAUCGAGCUGGCCAUCUGGACUCUGGAGGAGGAGACCAGCAAGGACAAAGAGGAGUGUGAGAGGGCAGCUGACAACAGGGUGAAGCGUGUGAGGGAAAAGUAUGAGACUGAGCUGAGGGAGCUGGAGCGCUCUGAGAGGGCAGCCAUGGAGAAACAACAAGAGCUGAGGAAGCAUCAGAUGGAGACGGAGGGAGAGCUCAUCAGACUGCAGGGCGCGCUCAGACAGAAGGAACAGGAGACUGAGGACGUCACACAGACCAGGGAUAAGCUGGUGGAGGAGCGCCGCAGCCUGGCGGAGGUGAUCAGGCAGGAGUUUGCUGAGCGGCUGGUGAUGACGGAGGAGGAGAACCGCAGGAUGAAGGUAGAGGUGUCAGAAGGGCGAGCUAGGCUACGGCUAGAGGUGGAGAGAGUCACCAGGGAGAAGGAGGAGGAGCUGGCAGAAGUCCACCAACGAGUGAAGUCGGCUAUCUUGAAGAAGGAAGAAACUGUCAAUCAUCUCCGGAAGCAGCACGAGGCUGCCCUGAAGAGAGCGGAUCACCUGGAGGCCCUGUGGGAGCAACAGAGGAAGCAGCUGCUGGAGAAGUGACUGACAGGAGGACUUCAUCCGUCUGGACCUCUCCCCCCCCCCUGCUCUGAGCUCUACCCUUUGUGUCGCACCAGCCCUCACCUGAUUUUCUUUUUUCUCUUGGAUGUUGUUCCUGCCAGCAAGACUGAACCUGUUGAACUACAGAAGGAAAAUGGAUACAGAAUGGGGAAAUCCUGGCAUGAAUGAAUGUGUUGUCUUGGAGCGUCCCUAGUUUAAAUGCCACAAACCAGGUGUCACCUGAUGAAUAGACAAUUGUUGGACUUCUCUUUCCUCUUUGUUUGCUGCAGCUUUUUGUGACUGUACCCCCCUUCCCCCUUCCCUCUUGAGCAGGAAUGCUUCAAUGUUCCCCACAGAGCUGCCACAGAGAACAGUUCCAGAUGUUUGUGGAACCAGCCCGGGCCUGUGCUGGUGUAGAGUGGGAGAAGGACCACUUAAAACAAACCAGUCGGCAUCCACGCCGCAGUGUGAGCCUCUGUUUGUACUCACGGUUCCCCCUAUUAUCUGCCGAGUCAUGCGUUUUGUCUCAGUGCCCCCUAAAGGCGAGUGCUAAUUACAGGAUCUAUGACAUGGCCCCGCUCUGUACAGCUGUGAACAGUUUGUUCUGUGUGUCCCAUCCAAACAUAGGAACUAACCAAGACGUAGGAAGUGAUUUCCUAACACUGGUUACACAAGAGAGAGCAUGGCGAAUGUUGAGAGGAGGGACGAGUAUGUCACUGAAAGGAAAGAAAAAGGGCAUGUGCGAGCCGGAAGACGGAGGAUUUUAAGAGAACGUUUCUGAACGUAAAGAAGGAAGAGGACAGAGGAUCAGGGGGUGGAGGGUAGAAGGAAUGCGCAGAGAAGAUGUUUAUAGGAUUAGUAGAGCAGAGCUGGGACAGAGCGGGUGGUAGGAGGGUUUGAGGGGGCACAAGUCAUGUGACCAGAGGUAUGUUAAAAGCCAUAUAGCUUCCACCCCCUCCGAUCUAGAGGCUGCUCUGUGACAAAACGCAUCAAACUCAACUGGCCAAAGGGCGGCCUCGAGUCACACACACACACACACACACACACACGUAAACUAUCUGCAUUUUUGAUACUGUUUCGUAAUCUUCUCAGGAGAUACCUCCCCUCAGCACUUGCAAAUCUUAGUUUUUCUAAUUCCUUUACAAUGAUUAAGGGAUGAAGCCAGGCACAAAAAGUCUUUGUGGAUAAGAUUUCAGCGAGAACGGUCCAAAGCAUGAGUUAGCGAGGGGUGGGGGUCUGAAACAAUUGUUUGUUCUUCAGAGAGAAAGUCUACCCCUCGAGGUAAAGCCUGUUAUUUAGGUGCACCAUGAUUAGAAAUUAAAAUCAGACCCUCACAUCGGAAAAUAUUUAUUCUGCUCCUUUUUUUCUUUAUUUAUUUUCCAAUUUAGCACUCUUACAUGACCUCUUUUAGUGUUAUCGGUCCUCAGAAAGGUCGAGGAUUUGAAGGUUUUUUUUCAAAGCUAUAAAUGUAAACUAUAAGUGUUUUACUGUAACUUUAAAAGUGCUUAAACUUUAUAACUAUGCCAUUAGUAGAUGGUUUAAAUACAGUAUGUCAGGUUUUUCUGACAUGAAAGUCCUCCGAGCCACAAUGUAAAGGGUGCAUAUGAAGUGUAAUGUAGUGGAAGGGUCGCAGUUACGUAGUGCAGCUUUAUGGGUAAUGUAGUUUCUGACCUGAGGUGUCACAUCUGAUUGUCACAAGAGCCAAAUACCACUUUGAAAUCAAUUACAACCCUCCUGAAUACAGGAAAAUACAUAAUAAAUAUACAUUUUUAUAUAAAUAUAUCUUUUUGCAAGAUAAAAGGACGAUAUGUGUCACUGUGAGUGACACAUAUCGUACUACAAGUGCUUAUAAGCCUUGCCUUUUGUAUGUAUGUGGGCCACCAUUCCUCCCAUUUUGACUUGAGAUGACACUGUCAAAUACACACUCAUGCGUGCACAAGUACCUUCUUUUUUAUUUAUUUAUUUUAUUUGUAAUUUUGUAUGCAAACCAUUCCAGAUGUCAUCGGUUACCGCUUGUUCAAGUUAUACAUGUACCAGUAUCUCUUGACCUCAAGGUUUUCCUAUCUUGUUUAAGUUUAGUUUUUAUUGUUAGUAAUGGCGAUGGUUCGAAAAACUGUGAAGAAGAUGGUGACUGAAAGGAGAAUAAAAGGCAAAGACUGCUAGAAAGAU